AUGUCUGAUCUACUCGCAGAGCCCAAGCACCGCAAGGGAAGCUUUGGAGGCUUCAUGGACCGCAUCCUCCAUCCUGGUACCCAUGAAGAAAAGGAACACCUUGCCGAGAACGCGGGUGAACACGAGCCUCAGCACGAAGGUGAGGCAAAGAAGGAAGGUGAAAUGGACAAGGUCAAGGACUAUAUUAAGAAGGAUGAGGAGAUGGAGGCAGAGGGCAGAACUUAUGGAGACUUGAUGUGA